AAACACUUCAAUGGGGUCCGUCCGGUGCAUAUAGCCAUACUACCUUUCUUCCAUUUUAAUUUACACUAAGUAUAUUAAUAAUAAUAAUGAAUUUUAAUUUACACUAAGUUAUGACUGAAUAUGAACUAAGCUUUAUUAAUUUUCUGCACAUUACUUGAUAAUUAUAUGGGUAGGUAUAAUUAAAAUUUCCAAUUACCUCGACUUACCUAGCAUUCGGGGCCUUCUUCCGGUGGCAACGGCACUUAGUCUGGCCUCCUGACAAACUUUUUAUUACACAAAUCACAUGCAUGCAUUUGUAUGAUUUUUGGAUGAACCCACUAAACCUUAGAACUAAAUUUAAUUAUUCUCUAAUCGACAUUAAUUAUUAUAUCAUAGAAUUUAUACACGUAUUGUGAUACCAAAUUAAAUACUAAUGAUCUAUAUAUCCUGGUCAAUGAACUCUUGUUUCUCAACUCGACUCUGCUACACAAAAUUAAUAAAUUCUUUUUUAUAUAGAAAAAAAUAAGAACAAGGCCCAAACUCAAUUUGCUUCUUCAUAGAAUAUGGUUAUCAGUGUUUUAAUUUGAAGACAUCAUCUUGAUAGGGAAAGGGCGGGAAUCUUACGGCUGUGAUCCCAAAUCUACAGAAUUUGCAGUUUAUGAACUCCUUGACAUCCAAAUUCUUAAGCAUAUAUUAUAUAAUAUAUACAACAAUUAUUAUUAAUCAAUUAUUUGUUAAAUGCGGUUAAAUUAGAGCAUAUAUUGUGAUGUUUAUGCAUAUGAUAAGGGACGAGUAAAUAGGAGCCUAGAGUUUUGGUUACUCGAUAUCUCAGAGUCGAAAUCUUAGUUUUAUCCUCAAAUUUGGACUUUCUUUCUCCUACAUUAUGGGCUAAUUAGGCUAUGCAACUGGGUACUAAAUUCCAGAGUUUGUCUUCACGUGCAUGGCUGGAUACGAUCGAGAAAGGAGACCAUUUCAAUGGAUUUAGCACGAGGAAGAAAGCCGCAAUUUCUAUCCACAUUGUUGCAAUUUUGGUCUAUGGAUGGAUCGAUAGUGGGCUAGCCUUCUUUUGUGGACAGGCAUGGCAGUACGUAUUCGGUUUCAGAUGCACAUGAAAUGAAAUUAUAGCUUGUUAAUCAUUUUAGUUUUAUCUACAUCGAAUCGAUUUUAAGUUUUAACUGGAACUGUUUAGUUUUUAAUCAUAUGAAUGAAAUGGUUUCGUGUUGAAGGUUGACAGGAAGUCAAAAAGUUGAGAAUGCACAUGUAGCUUGUUCGUUUUGGUUAGUUAUUGUGUAUCUUGUUGAAAGAAAACAACUACUUUUUCUCGUUUAUUAUGGAUUGGACAGGUUUGAUCAUUCAUAAUGAUUAAUGCAUGUUUUUUUUUUUUACAUAUGUAAGUGUGGAUUGAAUAUACACAAAUUUUAACAUUAAGAUGGCUAUUAUAGUCUUUGAUGUGGUCGUGAAAGACAUUUAUACCAAUUAGGGAUGGCAAUUUCGACCUGACCCGUUUAACCCGACAUGUUUGGCCUGCUUUGGGGUGGGGGCGGGCAUGGGUACUCUCAUUGACCCGCCCCAUUCUCGACUCAUUCUUGCCUAAAUUACAUGUAAUCUUAGUCAAAUUACUUAUAAUUUUUCUUUUACUACAUCAUAAUUUAACUAUUUUAAAGUCGUAAAUUAGUGAAAAUCUCAAUUUCUCUAAUAAUUUAACUACAUUUAUCAUAAUAUUUUUUGUUUUCUUGGUCUUAUAAUAAAAAUAACGAAUAUUUCUAAUAUGUUUCAUAUAAAUUGGAUACCCAUUGGGUCGACCUGCCCCGACCUGCGACCCGUGAUAAAUUACCCGACCUGCCACGGGACGAGUCUGGGUACCAAGAAACCUGCCCCGGACCUGCCCCAUUUCCAUUCCUAAUACCAAUGAUUGAAUCACUCUUGAUAAAAAUUCUCAAUCGCUUUAUGUCAUCGUAUGUAUGUACCUUCGACACUGCCGCUAACAAGUUUCAUUAAGCCGCAAAACCCCCCAUAUGCUUAAUGCCCUCCAUCCAGAUGGAUCCAAAUUCUUAACAUUGUAUUGUACCAUCAUUGUUGUCUUAGUUUACCUAGUUUCAAAUAGAACGAACACAAACUUGGUUGAAAUCAUCCUUAUAUAUUCACAAUAUAUAAUCUCAAAUAAAUUAGUACGUUGCUAGCGCAAUGAACAUUUUCCUUGGUGUCGUAAUCCAUUACAUAAAUAAUAUUUCAUUUGACUAAUCGUACUUAGUACUCACUAUACCUACCCAUGAGAUCAGGAGAAAAAAAUAAUGCUAAUGUACAUAAAGUUCAUAUACCUUUCUAUCUCAGUACCUUGCUCGCACCUUCCUAUGGUUCAUUGUUCAUGAUGACUCAUUCCAUUUGACCUCAGAAAAUCAAAGAUUAGUGAAGUUAUAUUAGUAUUAUUACACGUUAAGAAGAAGAAAAAAAAGGAUAAUUAAUUAGUAAACGUUAAUCGCUUUGUCGGGUUGCGGUGAGGUAAACAAUGAAGCUUUAUUCAAUCACUAUAAUCGAGGGAGGGAGCGGGCCGGACGCAGCGUCGGUACAGUGAGUAUCCGUCGUUUCUUGGAAAAAUCCGACCCGACCGCUCCCUGCAAACCAGUUUUUGCUUCCAGAACCACGUGGCGUGUUCUCAUUACAGUAACUUCAUGCCCAAAUUAACCUCCUUCAUCUUCCCAGUUUGCCAUUGCCUUUCCUUUUGUAUUAGUUCAGCUCAGCGAGUUGAAGAGUAGGGAUAGGAAUGUCAAUAUGAAUGUUCGUUUAUACCAAGUAAUAAAGUAUGAAUCAAAUCAAGGAUAAGUUCGUUGCUUCCGAAUAUGUGAUUAGAAAAUGAUAUUGAAGAUAUUUGAGGGAUGAUUUAGAGGGAAAAUAAAGAAGUGAGAUGAGUGUGUACGUGGAGAAGGAUGAUUUAGAGGGAAUUGAUGGGUUUGUAUAUAGUGGGUUUGGUUAAAAGUGAGCCCGAUUAAUUUUGAAAAAAGUAACUAAUCAUCAAAACAAUUUUUCCCCGAUACAAUCAUGAAGAUAUUUGAUUGAUUACCAAGCACCAUGAACUUGGCAAUUGGCAUCUUAAAAAAAAAAAAAUUAUUAU